UGGAAUCUAACCCCAACUAGAACCAAGUUGGCAAGAGCUAGGCUUAUUGCUCUGAAGAAGGUCCACGGAGAUGAGGAAGAGCAGUACAACCAGUUAUGGGAUUAUGGGCAAGAGCUAAGGAGAAGUAAUCCUGGGACAUCUUUCUAUCUCAAUGUAGUGUCUAAUCAUUUCAGCACCUGCUAUUUUUCAUUGGAUGCAUCCAAAAGGGGAUUUCUAAGUGCAUGCAGGCCCUUGAUAUGCUUGGAUGGGUGCCACAUAAAGACCAGAACUGGAGGAAUUCUAUUGACUACAGUAGGUAUUGAUCCUAAUGACUGUAUAUAUCCCAUUGCAAUGGCUGUGGUUGAGGUAGAGUGCAAGGACUCAUGGCUGUGGUUCUUGAAUACAUUGAAGAGUGAUCUUGGAAUUGAGAGCACUUAUCCUUGGACUGUAAUGACUGAUAAACAAAAGGGUUUGAUCCCUGCUGUGGAGCAAGUCUUUCCAGAAGCAGAACAUAGGUUCUGUGUUAGGCACUUAUACUCCAAUUUCCAGCAGCACUUCAAGGGAGAGACACUGAAGAAUCAGCUAUGGAUGUGUGCAAGAUCAACCACUAUGAUGGAUUGGAACACAAACAUGGACCAAAUGAAGACAUUAAAUGCAGCUGCCUACACAUGGUUAGAGAAGAUGCCACCAAACACAUGGGUAAAGGCCUUCUUCUCUGAGUUCCCUAAAUGUGAUAUCUUGUUGAACAACAGUUGUGAGGUGUUCAACAGAUACAUACUGGAAGCAAGGGAAUUGCCUAUACUCUCUAUGUUUGAGAAGAUCAAGUGUCAAAUGAUGACUAGGAUUGUGAACAAGCAAAAAGAGAUGGCAGAAAAGUUCCAAGGUCCCCUGUUCCCCAAAAUUAGAAAGAAAAUUCUGAAGAGGUAUGAAUGGGCCAACUUGUGUUAUGCACUGCCUGCUGGCCAGAGUGUGUUUCAAGUAAAUGAGAGGUAGAAUCAGUACAUUGUUGAAUUGGCCACCCAACACUGUGAUUGUAGAAGGUGGGACCUAACUGGGAUACCAUGUAACCAUGCUAUAGCUGCCUUAAGACAUGAGAGAAUUCCAGCUGAAUCAGUUGUACCAAGUUGCUAUUCUGUAGAGAGUUUCAGAAAAGCGUAUGAGUUCAACAUUUGGCCAUGCAGAGACAAGAGAGAGUGGGAGCAUGUUAAUGGGCCACAAGUUCUAGCUCCAAUCUAUGAGAAGAAAGUUGGGAGGCCCAAGAAGUCAAGGAGAAAGCAACCUCAUGAGGUCCAAGGAAAACAUGGGCCUAAAAUGACAAAGCAUGGAGUGGUGAUGCAUUGUAGGUACUGUCAGUCCGAUCAACACAACCAGGCAACAUGUGAAAUAAAGAAGCUAGGCUUGAGACCCAAACAACCAGCAAGAAGGAAGGCCCAAACAGUCCAGGAGGAAGGCAAUGCAACAUGUGACAUGGUAAGUCUCAAUGAGUCAGACAACAUGUGUAACCACAUAUCUUCUGAUUGUCUUCUAAUUCUGUGCAGGAGGACAUCCAGCAAGAAGUAGGUAGUUCCCAACUUAUGUCACAACUUAGUUCAACAAUGAUGAGCCAGAUGACUGCUGAAGGAUCACAAUCUAGCAGGCUUCUUCUGCAUCAUGGACCAUUACCUGAUUCUGAAUUUGUUCAGAACAACCGUCCAAGGGCCAGACCUGGAGUCCCAUUAACAACAUCAACCAAGGCUGGGAGGCAGGCUGCAGCAGCAAAGAAAGGGAAGGCCUCGAAGAAAAACCGUCAAACUG